ACGAACGAGAAAGGGACAGACGUACGGCUCUUGUUUCCUAUAAAUUAUAGCAGAACAUAGUGCAUUACUCACCAAAAGAGAGUGCAAGUUCUUCGAUAAGUUGCUCCAACAGAAACUAAUUUAUAUAUAGAAGGAGCUAGCUGUGUCAACUGUUGAGAAUUUGAAGUAUGUCUAAAGCUAUUCCUGCCCUAGUUCUUGUAUUCAGGAUCCUUACCCUUGCAGCAUGUGUUGCUUCUGGGCUGCUUCUCGUUCUCGACAACUUUAAAGAUGAGGAUGGUGAUAAACUACAUUCUUAUGACAUCAUUACAUUCAGGUAUGUGCUUUCUGCAGCAGCAAUUGGAGCAGCAUACAGCCUACUACAGCUACCCUUUAACAUAUACUAUGCUUCCACCAAUAAGCGCUUGAUACGCAACAGAUGCAUGCCGGAGUUUGAUUUCUAUUCCGACAAGGUAGUGACCUUGGUUCUAGCUUCGGGUGUGGGAGCUGGUUUUGCAGCGGGAUUUGAGCUCAAAAAGUUUUUCAAACUAUUACUUCAAGUGGCGUCACUAGGAAUUGAAGACAACAACUUCGAUCAAGAACUAGCCAAGUUCAAUGACUUCUUUGAGAAGUCAAUUAUUUCCAGCGGAAUUCUCUUGGUUGGAGCUGUUUGCAUGGCUGUGGUUUCGAUUCUCACUUCCAUUACUCGGACUUCAAAUUCGGGUUUCUUCGGAUAAUUGAUCGAGAGUUCAGCUGCAUGAGUAAUAAAGAUGUAAAUGAUCGAUGAUCAACUCUAUUCUUGUUUUCUUUCUUAUUUGGGAUGUGUUCAUUCAUAUCAAAUUGUUUUUCCGGUACAAACUUGAAUUGUACAAAUAAAUAUGUGUCUAUUUGCAGACAUAUUAUGUAAACAAGCGAAUUGCUAGCGAUCACUCGGUCACCAAUUGAUUGAGGA